UCGGGAGUGGGCGGGAACUACAACUCCCGUCAGCCUUUGCCGCUCCCCACCCGCUUCCUGCCCGAGUGGUCGGACCGAUCCCAAUGCGGGCGGCGCUGACUGGCUGAGAGCGCACUCUCAGUUCCUCCCACCCAAUCGGCAUGAGUUACACUGCGUGGUGCGCGAAGCCGGCAGCGAGCGCAAUGUUCCUGGUCGGGCUCUCGGGUGGAAUCGCGUCGGGGAAGAGCACGGUGGUGGCCGUGCUCCGGGAACUGGGCUGUGCCGUGAUUGAUGCUGAUGUUAUUGCCAGAGAGGUGGUGCAGCCCCGCCUGAAGGCCUAUCAGCAGAUCGUGCGCUGCUUCGGCCCCGAGAUCCUCCAGGAGAGCGGAGAGAUCGAUCGCGAGGCGCUGGGAAACAUCAUCUUCUCCCACCCGGAGAAGCGGCGGCUGCUGAACGCCAUCACCCACCCCGAGAUCCAGAAGGAGAUGCUGAAGCAAGUCUUGAAGUACUUUGUGCUCGGUAAGGGCGACAGGGGCUGCUGGCUGUCCCCGUGUCAACGUGGAGAAAGGGACAGGGAAGGGGACAGAAGCAGAGCUGAGUGACGGCCUUUGUGCUCCGCCACUGGUGGCCUUUAGCAUCGGCGUUUGGAGUAUUCAUCACUGCCCUUCCUGCCUUUCACUGCUGCCCUUCGCAUUCUUCUUCUAUGGUUUAAAGUACAUCUGCAGGGCCUGAGAAAGGCAUUGUGAGGCCUCUUUGGAGAUUGCUCUUUGGAUAAUGUCAUACCUUCUGAAAUGGCCAAAUAUUAUUCCCCGCUCCCAGCCUCUCUGGGCUUCGAUGAAAGCUGCAGAGCACUUUUGGUCUCGAUAAGGUGAGAAAUGGGCUGACAGCUGUGCUUUCCAAAGUCCCGCUUUUCCCCCUGAUAAAUAUAACAAAUGCAGCUGUCAGACUUGGUCUAAUCAAAUGCCAGAUAAGAUCACCAGCUGUUUUGGAGGUCUCCGUGUAGACAGAAGGAUGUCUUAAUAGAGUCAGUCUGGUUUUGUGGAGCUUAUCAAAGCUGAGCUGCUUGACAGCUGAAUAGGGCUGUGCAGGGACCCCAAGAUUUGGGGUGGAAGGAGCGGAAGGCGAGGGAAACAACAGGCAGGAGAGCUGGGAGCCAAAACACUCUGAGUUCUGAACCCGGGCUGCAAAGUCGGAAGGAAGACCCUGUCCUGCCCCUUGGCGAGAGUGCAGUGUGUGUUCAGCAGGCUGCUUUGUCCUCAUUAGUCAGGUUUUAAUGAUUUGGGAUAGCUGGAUGCUGUCUCCGAGGAUUGCUUUGUAAGGAAAGCUCUAUUGAUCAAGCCAUAGGGCAGCAAGAAGCAUCUCUAGACAGAGAUGCUGGUAAAAUGGUGGUUUGCUGGGGGAUUGUGCCUUUGUCCAGGCUUUUGUUGCCAUGGCCUGGUUGGAUGGGGAGCACUGGCUUUGUUUAUAAACCAGCAGAGCUGUCUGCAAGGAUCUCCUUGCUCUCUUUGGGAAAAGUGAAACUGCUUAGCUAAAGCUUUCUGAAAGGGAAGAAAACUAAGCUGGAAAAUGAGCCGGGAAACAUCGGCUUAACUGCCUGCAGCCUGGCAGAGCCUCGGACAGCUGAAAGAGAGAAGAGCAAAUUCUGCUGUGGGCACUGCUCCCCUGGAGAGGCUGGCGACGACGUGUGACUGCUGCUCCUGCCAGCACUGCACUGCCGCUUCCAUUUGAGCUUCUCGUUUCAUCUCCUCAUUAUAUUUCUGCAGCUUCACCUUUGGUCUGAGAUCAUCCAGGUUAGGG